CUGCGGAGCUCAGUCUAGCAGCAAAAGUCCAGCAGUCCGGUUCCAAAGCGAUCUCAGUUUCGAUUUGAAUCCCCGAUUUGGAGUUUCGAAUUUGGAUUGUACUGCAGUGCAUUUUUUUUUUGUUGUACUCUAGUCACGUUGCAUAUAGCGCGAGUAACUACAUAUACCUAGAAAAUACCAUCGAGAUGUCGCAGCCACUCAAGUUCUACUUCGAUUUCCUGAACCAAUCGAGCCGGGCGCUCUACAUCCUCCUGGAGGCCUCCAAAAUCCCCUUCGAGGCCAUACCCAUAUCGAUGCUCAAAGGCGAGCAUCUGACUGGCGAGUUCCGGGACAAUGUGAACCGGUUCCGCAAGCUGCCGGCGAUCACAGAUCACGGCUACCAGCUGUCCGAGAAUGUGGCCAUUUUCCGGCACCUGGCCCGCGAGAAGCUGGUGCCGGAGCACUGGUAUCCGCGGCGCCAUCUCGGCCGCAGCCGCAUCGACGAGUACCUGGCCUGGCAGCAGACCAACAUGGGUGUGGCCACCACGGAGUACUUCCAGCAGAAGUGGCUGGUGCCGUAUCUGCAGAAGACGCGGCCAGCCGAUAAUGCGGUGAAUCUCGCCAGCAAGCAGCUGGAGCACACGCUCAACGAGUUCGAGCAGCUCUUCCUCAACUCCCGCAAGUUCAUGAUGGGCGACAACAUUUCCUAUGCGGACCUCAGCGCCAUCUGCGAGAUCGAUCAGCCCAAAUCCAUCGGCUACAAUGCGUUCCAGAACCGCAACAAGUUGGCGCGAUGGUACGAGACGGUUCGCGAGGAACUGGGUCCCCACUACAAGGAGGUGCUCGGCGAGUUCGAGGCCAAGCUGAACGGCAGUGGCAGUGGGCAGAAGCAGGGCGUCGCCCAGGCGGUGAAGCAAUAACCGAUGGGCAGAGGUACGCUCCGACCGUCCGCCAAACUUGUUUAGUUCCCUAAGACAAACGACUAAUGAACAUUAUUUUUUUUGCACCCUACAGAUAUUGUAUUUUUGUGAUUAUACUUGCUCUUCCUAUCCAAUAAGUCUUAGCCUCCCA